CGGACUCCCAAUCGCCGGACAUAUUUCUCCACUGUUGCCGUGCUGUGUUUAUCAGUUUUCCGGUUCGAAAUUGUAGUGUGUUUCGAUUGUUUAAAAGUUGUAAUAUUCGCGUGCGUGCUGCCCGAUUGAUUCGUGGCACAUUCUAAAUUAGCCAAAACCCGCCCCAUCGUUAUCUAAUAUCGUGGAGCUUAAAGCAGAGAAGCGCGAAUAAUUUAGUGCCGAAAACCCAAACGGUGGAGAGAAAGUAAACGAAAGUGGAAAACGUUGUCCCCAUACGUUGCUGGGCAAUUAUUGUUAACAUUUAAUUUAAUUUUUAAUCUGACGGCAAUAAGAACGACAAUUAGACACUGCUGGUUGCCGGAUCAGUGGAUCAAUAAAGAAAGCACCUUCUGCCGUAACUCGGGUUUACACGUUGUAAAACUGGUUUUUGCAUAAUCGUUUUCCUGCAUUUUGAGGUCGCUAUGGCAACUGAUGAAAAGAAAUCGAACGACAACAUGAUCUCCCUUGGGUGGAAGUUUCUGAACAAGGAAACAUUCGGCAACGGCGAACGGGCCAACUACGUCAACAGCCCGCAUGUGAUUGCGAUGGUCGGAUUACCGGCCCGCGGCAAGACGUACAUCUCGAAGAAGCUGUCCCGCUACCUGAACUGGAUCGGCAUCAACACAAAGGUGUUCAACCUGGGCGAGUACCGACGGCACGCGACCGACGCCUAUCGGAGCCAUGAGUUUUUCCGGCCGGACAACGAGGAAGCGAUGGCCAUCCGACAGCACUGCGCUGAGCUGGCGCUGGAGGACGUGUGCAACUGGUUGGAGAAUGGGGGAGAAGUGGCGGUCUUUGACGCGACAAACUCCACCCGCGACCGUCGUCAGAUGAUACGUGAGAUCGUGGUAAAGAAGAUGGGCUACAAGCUGUUCUUCGUCGAAUCGGUCUGCGAUGAUCCGAGCAUUAUCGAACAAAACAUCAUGGAAGUGAAAGUAAGCAGCCCAGACUACCGCAACAUGAACAUGGAGGAGGCACUGUCCGACUUCCGGCUGCGUAUCGAGCACUACCAGGAGCGGUACGAACCGCUGAGCGAGGAGCUUGAGAAGGACCUUUCCUACAUGAAGAUCUACAACACAGGAGAAAAGGUGGUCGUGCAUAAGCACGAGGGACACAUACAGUCCCGGAUCGUCUACUACCUGAUGAACAUUCACAUUACCCCGAGGACGAUCUAUUUAACGAGACAUGGCGAAAGUGAGCAUAACCUACAGGGACUGAUUGGCGGCGAUUCGAACCUCAGCGAACGGGGUCGACGUUACGCGCAGGCACUGGCAAAAUACAUCGACGAGCAGCAGAUCGAAGGGUUGCGCGUUUGGACCUCCUGGCUCAAGCGCACCAUCCAGACGGUGGCGGACGUUAACGCUCCCCAGGAACGCUGGAAGGCUCUCAACGAAAUUGAUGCAGGUAUCUGCGAGGAAAUGACGUAUGAGGACAUCCAGACACGAUUUCCGGAAGAGUUUAAGGCGCGUGAUCAGAACAAGUUCGCCUAUCGCUACCCGCGCGGCGAAAGCUACGAGGAUUUGGUCGUGCGGCUCGAGCCGGUCAUGAUGGAGCUGGAGCGGCAAGGCAACGUGCUGGUCGUGUCCCACCAGGCAGUGUUGCGGUGUGUGCUGGCUUACUUUUUGGACAAAUCGGCAGAUGAGCUACCAUACUUGAAAGUGCCUCUCCACACGAUCAUUAAACUGACGCCGGUUGCAUACGGUUGCAAGGUGGAACACAUCAUGCUUCCCAUCACCGCGGUCGAUACGCAUCGCGCCAAACCAGAGGUCCCGGGUGACUUGGAUCCAAAGUUUUGGGGCAAACCAAACCCGAAUCCAGUCGAGAAGAAGAGCAAGUAAAAGAACGCUCGGCAGCCUUCCGGAUGAAUCCAUCUCCCUCUGUAUGUGCAACGCCGGUUGCCCGAUUUGUGUGCAUUAUGAUCAUGCGCAGCCCAUAGAACUCUCAAACAGCUACCGGUUCUGGUUCCAGGGCUAGGGAAAGGCAGUGACUUAAAAUUGUUUCUGCAAAGCCGAGCCCACCGCCGAAGGCAUCACACAGUGGACAAGGGAGCUGAUGGAGGUGGAAGAGGAGAUGAACAACUGUACAUAAGAUGGCAGCGUUAAGUGUUUUAGUUUUUUGUUAACUCGUUCUCAUUUUAGAGUACCCGAUUCCAUGUUUUACGUCUUGUAGUAGCGUGCUCUUGAAACAGAUUUCAUUUUAGAUGCAUUUGUAAUGAGUAAAAUAUGUGACCAACGUUCGUGGAACUAACAAACAUAAUUCAAAACAGGCUAGCAACAGGUAUCAAGAGGCUAUCAAUCGGGAAAAAGACAAUUACGUAGCAUUGGCUCUGGGUUAGAACUGGAGAAACAUUUUAUAUAAUUUAUAGUACGUAGUGGCAACCGAUAGAGGAAUAGGCGACGUUCAAUAUCUACCAGCAAGAUCCCAAGAACUAUCGUUGGUCAUCGUGCCGUUGAGCGCGCGUCUCAUUGUGGCUUUAGGUAUUGUCAUUCCUUGUUCUAAUCAGUCCUACAUUAAUCGAGCCACAAUGAAAAUAAAUUACAUAUUGUAAGGAGUAAGGUAGCGACAACUAGACAUCUCUACCCGCAAAAGUACAUUCGUGAGUGUGGGAACUGUUCGAUGGAACUAACAAAAUAGUGAAUAAAAUGACCAACACAAAAAAAAGCAUGAAUAAGAGAGAUAUAAUCUCCCGAAGACUGGAAAAUUCGGUGUUUUUAAUCACUGUAACUGUUAAACAUAACACUCCAGAAGAAGGGCAUCAAUAAGGUAAGGUUUGUAAAGUGAGCAUGUAUGAAAAUUUUCACGUUCCUAUAAAACUGAUGUUUUCUUACUGUGUUGAGUGACGUGUCAACCCGUGGUUUUUCUCAUCAUAGCGAUCGAAUUUAUUAUUCAGUACAGUUUUUUCGCCCUUUCCAUUAUUUUAUUUUAACUGCUUUGAUUAUUUCCAGAAAACAGACCGAGGGUUGUGCACCGACUUAAUUGUA